UUGUCGGCCAAAGCAUUUCACUGUUGCAUCGUCGGAUGGUGCCCCAGAUUUACUCUCCAGCCGUGUUGUACAAUGCAUCUCCUAGAACGGCCAGCCAUGAUUCUGUCUUCUCCUGGGAAAUGUCUUCUUGAGCGGACAUCUUUGGCUCCACUUAGGUUCCCUAGAUCUAACCUGGACUAUUAAUUAGUGAGAGCUACCCGCAACCGUAACACUGAACAGUAUCCACUGUCAAAAAUAUACAAAGGCGGGGUGUACUUCGAACUGCUUUUUCCCUUGUUUCAACACAGAUCAGGGUGGCGCUUUCACCAGCAACAAGAUGACCGUAGAUGGUGGUUACACGAACGGCUUCCGAUCACCUUAUUCGGUGCUGGAGGGAAGCAGGAAAGCCACAGCAACACUGCAGGAGCUCGUCGCCGAUCAGCUCCUACCCGAGUUUGCUGAACACCUGAAGGAUGUGACUUUAACGACGGCAACCGACGGAACUCAGAUCUACUUUCCGUGCCCUUUCAAAGAGACUGAGGCUACAGUUGCUUUGAAGUCUGUGGAAGCCAGUGUUGUGGCUGCUCUUGCAAACUUACGAUAUCCGCAAGGCUCCCGUAGGAGGAAGAUUGAAGUCGAUCUGGAGCAGACAGCAACGUUUCUGUUUUCGACUUACAUAGCUACCAUUGGUGGUUUGGGAAAGCAGGAUCCAAAUGUCAAGUCGAAGCUGAAAGAUACCGAUUUACUGAAAGCACAAGCUAUUCUCUAUCGCAGACUCUCGGCAAAUCUCUACGAGACUAAAAAUGCCGGGGAGUACUUCCACAUUCAUGGCUCACUCGAGGCUGGAAAGACCCUGAACAUGAUUGGGUUGGAGGCACAUCGCCCAGAUCUUACAGACUACCGAAAAUGUAUCGAUUUAAUUGAGAGCCAUGUGAAGCAGUUCACGGCAGCAGAGUUGGAGGAAAUGAAUGCCAGAGAGAGACAAGCAGGAGUUACAGCCUUAAAGUGGGAAGACUUCAAGAAGUCAAAUCAUGGCAAAACUCUUCUGUCUAUUCCACCUUGGCAAGUCACUAAACUCGAAGAUUCUUCUCCUCCAGCCCCGUUCACACCACACUCGCACUCGGCUAGUCCUAAUUCGCAACCGCAAGUAUUGAGUGGUAUUCGGGUCCUCGAGCUCUGUCGCAUCAUCGCCGGACCAGCAAUGGGUAGAACCUUAGCAGAGUACGGUGCACAAGUUAUCAAAGUUACCUCUCCCAACCUCUCUGAUGUUCCCUUCUUUCAAGUUGACGGCAAUACGGGGAAACACACCUGCGACCUCAAUCUCAAGUCUCCUGCUGGACGAAAGGCAUUUGAAGAGCUCCUGCAGACUGCUGACGUUGUUCUUGAUGGUUAUCGACCAGGUAGUUUGGAGAAGUUAGGCUAUAGCCCACAAAAGAUAUUCGACUUGGUAAAAGGACGCGGUAAAGGCAUCGUGUAUGUCGCAGAGGAUUGCUUUGGCUAUGAGGGCGAAUGGGCCGGCCGACCUGGAUGGCAGCAGAUUGCGGAUUGCGUUACCGGUGUCGCGUGGGCGCAAGGAGAGUUCAUGGGACUCAAUGAGCCUGUUGUUCCUCCUUUCCCCAUGUCAGACUAUGGCACUGGAUGUAUGGGCGCCAUCGCAGCUUUGAUGGGUCUAUAUCGCCGCGCGAAAGAAGGUGGUAGUUGGGUUGGCAGAACGAGUUUGUGCCAAUACGACGUCUUUCUACUCGGGUUAGGCCUUUACGACAGCACCAUCCAGGAGAAAGUCAGGAAGGAGCACGAUGUGGAGUUCUUUGGUCUUCGACAUGCUGAUAGUGUUGAUGAGGUCGGAGGCAGGGCGUUGAAGAGCAUGAAGAGAACUCAUCCGGAGUUGUUCGACAUGAAGAAUAUGCAGAAAGCUUUCAGCAAAGGCUUCAACGAGGAAAUUUGCUGGUGUAGAAGUCCGGUUCUUAUCGAAGGACUGAGAGUCGGGUUCGAUAGGGCUAGUCGACCGAAUGGAUUCGAUGGCCCGACUUGGGACGAUUGGGAGGUGGAGGAAGAUGUCAUUGAGGGGUGAUGGCGAAGAGUGAUGAAGUGAUGAUGUGACGAUAACGGUCGAUGAACUUAUGGAUGGAACCUGCAUAUAUGGGUUUAGCAUUAGCAUCAGCAUGGCAUUUAGAGUGUCAUUUUGGUCAUCGAGCCUGCAUUUGCAUAGAGGGUUCUUCGAAACUCUACACAAUGUAAUUAUUAAUACCACCAACAAGAACAUGCAAGUUUAUUUCAAACCUAACACA